UUUUGCUUUUUUCUUGCUGCCGUUGUUGCUAUUGUUGUUGUUGCACAAAGAACUUAACUUACACAUAAGUGUUACCGCUUUAAAAUCAAUUUAGUCUAAAGUAAAGCAAAAUGUUCUUUAAGCUAUGGCUCCUGAUAUUGCUCUCUAUUUGCGGAAUAUUGGAUAAGUUCAUUUACGCAGCACCAGCCCCCGCUGGGGAUGCCAGGUCCAGUGAUUUGACCACAGCGGAAACAUCAGCUAAGCUGCUAAAUCUGGGUAGUCUCUUUGGACAGAGUGGCUAUCCCAAUACUGGCUAUAGACCGGGCUAUUACCCCACUUCGGGGUAUUACCCCAGUUCGGGUUAUUACCCCACUUCGGGGUAUUACCCCAGCUCGGGCUACUACCCCAGUUCGGGAUAUUAUCCCAGUUCAGGUUACUAUCCCACUUCCGGCUACACUCCCAGCACUGGUUACUAUCCCAGCACAGGAGGAGGAAGUUAUUACCCAACAACGAAUAUCCUAGGAUCUAGUGGAUAUGGCGGCUAUGGCGGCUAUGGAGUUCGCCAGACUUACGGUUAACUGUGCAACAUAAAUGCCACAUAAAACCACACAGACCAAGUUUAGCACUCCAGCACCCUCACCAACAGCAACAACAUCAUCCACAAAAGCAGCUGCAAGUACCACAACAACAAGAAUAAGAGCAUCUGCUCAAAACACUGCGUUUUAUUUUGAACGACGACGUCGAGAUGUCUUGAUCUACCGCCCAAAACUUUGGAAAGAGCAGCCAACUGCUGCAAUUCGAACUUAAACCACAAUGCUAUGCAAAAUACGGUCCACAUCGUGUUCAAAACAGAAGCUGUUGGCUCACUGUGUGACGAACUCGGCAAAUACUUUAGUACUCGUAAAUGUUCGCUUCCACUAUAUGUAUUAAGUAAAAUCUUGGGUUUUCGUUUACCACAUUUCUUAGUAUGCAAGCAAAUGUGCAACCAUAAGCACAAAAUGCACUGAAGUGUGUUUUAAAAUCGGACUUAAACCUCUGCAAGCUGCGUGCAUUAAAACCUCUGCCUUAGCUGGAGGCUAUACAUAUGUCUUUCGUGAUAAGAUUUUAGAGUUUAUUAUGGCUAUAAAAUAAACAAAUGACAACAUUGUAA